UGGGGCGCGCCAGGCCGUUCACAGUUUCCGCUCGUCCGUCCCGCAUUUUCCUGUUUGGCUUCGCUGCUUCCCGCGACCAUGCCCGAGCCGGCCAAGUCGGCGCCCGCCCCGAAGAAGGGCUCCAAGAAGGCGGUGGCCAAGGCGCAGAAGAAAGACGGCAAGAAGCGCAAGCGCAGCCGCAAGGAGAGCUACGCGGUGUACGUGUACAAGGUGCUGAAGCAGGUGCACCCGGACACGGGUAUCUCCUCCAAGGCCAUGGGCAUCAUGAAUUCCUUCGUCAACGACAUCUUCGAGCGCAUCGCGGGCGAGGCGUCGCGCCUGGCGCAUUACAACAAGCGCUCGACCAUCACGUCCCGGGAGAUCCAGACGGCCGUGCGCCUGCUGCUGCCCGGGGAGCUGGCCAAACACGCCGUGUCCGAGGGCACCAAGGCCGUCACCAAGUACACCAGCUCCAAGUGAGCGCCUGUGCAGCACCCUGGAACCAAAAGGCUCUUUUCAGAGCCACCCAGUCUUUCGCAAAGUGAGCUGGUGCUUGUUUUACUGCCUGCUGUGUCUUGUCACUCGUUUAAUCUGCGAAGUAGGGCGACCGUCUGGAGAGCCUGCCCUGUCACGGUAAGCUAGAGCUCCGCUAGGACACAAUGAUGCUACCUGGCGCUAUCAGCUCGGAAACUCCUUUGUGUAGAGAACGCCUCAGCUUUUCAGCCUCACGGAGGCACUUCCUGCCUUUGGGAGUGCUCUGCCACUAGUUAUGGUGUCCAUCAGGGCUAAGUUACGAUGGAAAAGAAUUUUUAGCUCCAAGCAAAUUCCGCUCUCCCGGUCCCCCUACCGGGGCUCGAAUUGUACUGCAUCCGGGGCGGAGGCUGCGUUGGCCGUUGAAGUUCGCCCGUGAGCCACCGGAGGGAUCCAGCCCCGCCCGUACCCGCAACGUCAUAAACACUGUCGGGUGAUGAUCCAUUCUGCUUGUCAUUGUUUUUUUUGGCGCUUCAUUCCUUUCUAGAAUGACAUUAUUUCCUUUCAGUUUUCUUUGAAGAAGAAAAUUUGAAGGGUGUAAUUUUUCAGUUUGAGAAAUACCAAUGCUUUAUUUUUAAUUGCGAUGCUGCUUUCCCUUUGGCCUAUAUCCAUAUAAUAAAAAACGUUACAAGACAACAACCGUUUGGAGUCCAAUGAAGGCAAAGAAGCUUGAAUGUUUAUCCCAGACUCUUCUGGGAUUAAAAAUCACUUUCUCUUUUUAAGUUUCUUGGGUUAGUGAAAGGUGCUAAAGGACCAGAAGAAUAUAUUUAUGUUAUUAGAAGCAAAGAAUUGAAAUGGAAGGUUAGAAAAUAAAUGGCGAGUUUAGCUACUCAAAGGCUAUGAUUCUCAUCUCUAGGGGAAAAGUGAGUGAAAAAGGGAUUCUAUGGAAAAUAACCUCACAGGGUGUCAUGCCGGUCGUGAGGCCCCAGGCCCAUAACGUUGUAGUAAAAGGUUAUCUAGGCCUUAAGGAAUCCCUGUCCACUGUCCCUGUACGUGUAGGCUCACACACCUUUGAAACGCCUCUUUUCAGACCCCUCCUUCUAAAGCGUGACCACUCUCAAGAGAGCACAUAUUAACUACCCUGUAAUCCAGUCCCCACCUUACUCUCUCCCACCUCCAUGUCACAUCUUUACUUUCCCUUCUUAAUCUCAAAUGCAUAAAAGAAACUGCAAAACUGUCAUUCUCAGAAACAUCUGAGAUCUUGCUUCCUGGCAUGUCAUCAGCUUCGCUCAAAUAAACUCAGAAAUUCUCUACAGCUUUGGACGUUUCUUACAUUGACAGCUCUUUGACUUAAAUUUGAAUGAAAAAUAUCAAUAUAAUUUAUUUUUAUUUUUAUUUUUUAGAAAACAACUGUUUUUCUCCUAGCAGUUUUCACAGGAAAGGUCUACAACCAAUGAAAAUUCAUGAACUGUGAGGAUUCCCAUCACCCAGAUUCAUUUUUCUAGUUCUUUUCCAAAGAGCAAACUAUCAGGAGAUUUUGGUUAAAUGUUAUAAAUUAAAAUAGAUUUAAGAAACCUAGCAACCAAAUGCCAUGUGCUGACCUAGUGGAACUCCACCUCAGACAAAAUGAUUGUAAAAAAGUAUUUGAGGCAAUUGAGAAUAAAAAAUUUAAAAA